GUUUCUUUUUGAUGUGCCCCAAAAACUUUCCGAAUUACAACAUCAAGAUUGGGAUGAGGUGCACCAAAUAUAUUCAAUCCUUAAGUACCUAACAUAUAGAAAACCGGAGUCGUUCUAAAAACCAAGGAUUUGUCCUAGUGCUGGAAUAAUUGAACUCUAUAUUCUCAUAUUACCCCUUUGGGUAAUACUCAAGUAAUUCCGAUGAUGCAAUUGGUUACAGUAUUCCAAGGAUUCCAAAGAUGAAGUUUCGUCAACAGCAAUUAUGGCAACUGGAGCGCUAUCUUAAACCACACUCGAAUAUUUCCUCCCCACAGCUACAGCGAUCACGAUCCAUAUCAACAACAGCAGCAACAACCACAAUACCCUCUUCCCCACGAUUCUCGAAUACGUCCUUCAGUUGUACAGCCUUAAGACGUAGACCAAGACCUGCGCGUACCUAUCAUACAUCCGUCUCUGCCUCCGAACUCCUCUUUGGCCAACCUGUCCACGAAACACACCCUCAUAUCCUCGCAGCCGGUGAACUCACACCGGGUAUAACCGCACAAGAAUAUCAUGACCGCCGUGCUGCCCUUUGCCAUUCCUUACCCCCAAACUCCGCCGUCGUCCUCCCCGCCGCGACCCUCAAAUACCGAUCCGGCGCCGUUUUCUUCGCCUUCCGUCAAGAGUCCAACUUUCUCUAUCUCACCGGAUUCUCCGAGCCUGAAUCCCUAGCCGUAUUGAGGAGGACUGGCGAUGAGCUAGGCGAUUACACAUUUCACUUAUACUGCAGGUCGAAAGACCCAAGAGCGGAACAAUGGAGCGGUCCUUGGAGUGGAGUUGAUGCCGCGAGAGACGUAUGGAACGCAGACGAAGCAGAGGAUAUUUGGCGGGUAGACAAAACACUAGCCUCGGUGUUGGAUGGUGCUAAGACAAUAUUCACGGAUGCCGAACUAACGCAAAAUGGGGCGUCUACAAAACUAGCCAACCUUAUGCAUUCGGCAGCUCCUAAUGCGAGUAUAUCACCCUUAAGGCCACAUAUCAACGUUCUCCGUGCCGUCAAGUCGCCAGCCGAAAUAGCCAACAUGCGGCGCGCGGGGCAACUCUCCGGCCGGGUGCUGACAGAAGCUAUGCGACGGCCUUGGAAGUAUGAAAAGAAGUUGGCUUCGUUCCUGGAAUACCAGUACCAAAUGUCUGGUCUGGACGGACAUGCUUACAUCCCCGUGGUAGCCGGAGGGCCAAAGGCGACACUCAUCCACUACGUCCUAAAUAAUGGUAUAUUAAACGACUCGGAGUUCGUCCUCGUAGACUCCGGUGGUGAAUACGGAACAUACAUUACCGACAUAACACGGACAUGGCCCAUUUCAGGGAAAUUCAGCCAACCACAGAAGGACUUAUAUAACGCUAUUCUUCGCGCCCAGCGAUCAUCCAUCUCGCUCUGUCGCGCUAGCGCCAAUGUCACUCUCGAUAAAUUACAUGUGAUCACAGAGAAUGCCCUCCGUGACCAACUACAACAGAUUGGCUUCGACGUGGGCGGAGAUGCUAUGGGAACCCUAUUCCCGCACCACGUUGGGCACUACGUUGGCCUCGAUGUCCACGACGUUCCCGGAUACCCGCGAAACGUAGUUCUGAAAGAAGGCCACUGUAUCACCAUUGAACCCGGCAUCUACGUGCCCGACGAUGAGAGAUGGCCCAAAGCCUUCCGGGGUAUGGGCAUUCGAAUCGAGGAUAGCAUAUGCGUGGGCGAUGAUAGCCCCCUUAACCUAACUACAGAAGCGGUUAAGGAGGUUGACGACAUCGAAGCAUUAAGAGAAUAGAAAACAUUCAUGAAUUGUAUAAAAAGAAUACCUUUUGGAAAUAUUUGCUAAGAGGCCCGAGACGGCCAGAUAUCAAAGACAUAGCAUGCUUUUAAAGAAGUCUAUUAUGAAUUACCAAGCACUGCACGGCGUACAGUUCACCCCCUGAAAUAAUGUUAGUUUUUCGGACGUGCACAAUACAAAACAGGGCUUCAAAUUCUGAAUAGAAUAACGC